AGGGUAAAAAUUAUCUUGUUUCCUUGAUAUCUAUUCUUUUAUGCAUUUUGCAUCAAAUACAUAAUCACGAGACCGAAAGUAACGCACUUGCAUAAUGUACUAUGAUUAUCUAACCUCUAGGAAUGACAAUAAGACCCGGAUGUCAGUAUUAGCGUUAAGUAUCGUUAAUUACAUCAACCAAAACGAUAAUUUAAGUCUAUCAGAUGUGCCACCUCAUGAAAUUAAAGAUUCUCCUUCUCUUUUACUUCUGUAUAUAAAAAUAAACGAUUGAAUUUUGCGUGCGCUUUGCAACAGUCAGGUCUAGUGGCGAUUCAUCUAUAUCGAGCUAAAAAAGAGAUUAAAUGAACAAACAAAAUCAAAGGCAACAAAUAAGAAUGAAAGGCACUGGUAUAAUUUUCUUCAUUUCAUUCGUGCUCAUGGCGAAUCUUCAAAAUAGCGAAGGUAAAAGAAUGUCCCUUGAGGAGGCGAAGGAAGCUAUAUUACCAUUACAAAAGUAUUGCAUUGAUAAAGUGGGCACGGAUCCAAAGAUGAUCGCAGACACAAUCAAAGGUAAUUUCGUAUCGGAUUGGAGACUUCAAUGUUACUUUAAGUGUAUACUGCUAAAUACAAAAAUUAUGAAGGAUGACAAGAUAGUAGAAAAAGCUUUAAAAAAUAUCGUAGAAACCAUGUUAUUAGAGGAAUAUAUACCACCUGCUAUGAAAACAAUAGAACAUUGUCUACCAAUUGUAAAAAAAUUUAAAGGAUGUGAAUUAGCAUAUGAAUUAGUUAAGUGCGGCUACGAUUACGGUAGUUCUUCGCUUUCAUUUUUCUAGUGAAAAUAUCUCUUUUAAUGGAUAUCAUUCAUUUGGAUAAUUAUGGGAGCAAUUUUGGCUUAUCUUAUAUAGUCAUGUAAGGAAGCCAUUUCAGAAUGAUUAUACAUUACAAAUAAGAUCGAGAAAUGUUGCCAAAUAUAUACAAUAUGUUAAA